AUGGCGGCCACUGCAGUUGUCAGCCCCGCUUCGAUGUAUUCAAAUGGACCUCUUCCUCCAUACUCAGGAGGCUGGCCAUCAGUUUCUACAGCCUCUGGGCUUAUUUCUCCUCCUGGAUCACGGCGGACAUCAGAUAAUAAAAGCGAACCUCCACCCCCAAUUCACACCACCCAACCACAUCGUCAAUCCCUCCCCUCUAUACAUGAAGCUCUAGGUCCCAAAUCCACGCCGUACGCCUCACCAGUAUCAGCACCUCUCCCAGCGACACAUAGCCAACCUCCUUAUUCUCAGGCUCAAGCCCCUCCUUCUGUCGCCAGAUCGUAUCCUGUCUCUGACCAGGCGCCUUACACCACACAGGUUGCCCCGUCUCAAGCAAGUCAGCCAUCACCACAAUCAGUUCACCCGCCACCGAAUCCUUUCACUCGGGUCGAACCUCCCCCAAAUACUUAUGGCGAUGCUCCCCGACCUUCACCCAUCCACGCUCCCCCUCAUCCUGGCCCACGGUAUGAACCUCCCCGGUACGAGCAAGACCCCCGGGCUCCAGAGCGAUUGGCAAAUGGAUACCCCCAUCAUCCCCACCCUUCACAACCGGGGACAUAUUCCUAUAGCGCAGGUCCCGGACAUCCUCCUGGACCUCACGAUCCUGCUUAUACUCAAGCCCGGUUUCCCCUGCGAGAUAGCCGAGGGGUUGAUGAACUGUGGAAAGGGGCCCCGGAGGACGACAGGUCACGUGUCACCCCUUUCAAACAGGGGUUAAAACGAAGAUAUCUGGUCUGGGAUUUCGAAAAUUAUCUCUCAUCGAUAAACGUUUCCAGCAGUGCACUCCUCAACUGGUCCGGACACUUCCACACAAUAACGCAGGAGCAACAGCCUCGUGACCCCAAUGGUGUGCCAGAUCGAAUGCCGACAUUAGAAUCGUGCAACGAGAUGCUUCAGCAUCAGGAGAAGAUCCAUCUCUAUUUGGAGAAGAUGCGAGAUAUGAUAUCUCAACAGCACGAGCACGUUGCCAUGAUGGACCAGCACAUGCGAGAUCAUGGUGGGAAAGCUCCUGGGUACUACGACGAAGAGAUGGCUAUGUACGGCGAUGAUCUAAAGAACCAAGGUUAUGGGGGCCCGGAAAGCAAGAAACGUCGCGGGAGAGCGGCUCCUCCUGGCCGAUGUCAUAGUUGCAACAGAGCCGAGACCCCUGAAUGGAGACGAGGCCCCGAUGGGGCUCGGACCCUCUGCAACGCGUGCGGGCUACAUUACGCAAAGUUAACGCGCAAGAAUACCAUGAAGCAAUCACAAAGCUCUAAUGGAUCCUCGGUGCGGCCCAAGUCUAUGGACGGCAUCUCGCCACGACCGAUAUAA